CUUGUAUCUAGAGUGGGGACAUGAUGCGCUCGUCGUGGGGUUUCGGCCAAAUCGUCCUCCUCUCCCUCCACGUCUCCCUAUCUACUGCCUUCCCCGACUCGAUCCUCCAAAUCCUGCCCGAAAAUUCAGGAUCUUCCCCCCACCACCGCCACCGGAAGAUUCCGAGGGACGAUAAUCUCUACUGUGACAGCUGGAGAUUCGUCGUGGAAGCAAAUGACGUCGGUCCCUGGGCUCGCAUCCCAUCCAGAUGCGUUGCAUUCGUGCAGGACUACGUCACCAAUGAUCGGUAUCGGGCGGACUCAGAGGCCGUAGCUGACGCGUCCCUGGAGUUCGCGAAGACGGUGAAGGUUUCCGGCAACGGGAAGGACGCUUGGGUCUUCGACAUUGAUGAAACUCUGCUUUCCAACGUCCCUUAUUAUGCGGUCCAUGGGUUCGGAUCAGAGACUUUUGAUGAAAAUUCAUUUGAUGAGUGGGUUGACUUGGCUGAGGCCCCUGCAUUGCCAGCAAGUUUGAGGCUGUAUAAAGAGCUGGAGCAGCUGGGCUUUAAGAUAUUUUUGUUGACUGGUAGAACUGAAUUUCAAAGGAGUGCCACAAGCAAAAAUCUAGAUUACGCUGGAUACAGCAACUGGGAAAGGCUUAUCUUGAGGGGGCCUUCCGAUCAUGGUAAACCUGCCACAGUCUACAAAUCUGAGAGGAGGAAGGAGUUAGAAGAUGAAGGUUAUGUUAUUCAUGGGAGCUCAGGUGAUCAGUGGAGCGACUUGAAUGGUUUCGCAGUUGCCAAACGGUCCUUCAAACUCCCAAAUCCAGUGUACUAUAUUGCCUAAUGGAACAGGUGGUGGAUAAUUGGACAUUUGCUCCUCUGUAACAACAUUAAUCUGAUUCAUUUUUUUUUUUUUACC